ACUGAUGUGACUUUUUAAAGUUAUUGAAUGUUAUAAAGCACCAGGUAGUCAGGUGUCGUCUUAAUCAUAUUCUAGGUUACAUUAUAAAAGUAUAAGUCGCUGAAUAUUUGUCACGGUUAGGUAUAAGUUCAUAGUCGUGCUUCAAACACAUGCAUGGAGCAGGUUUUUGUUGCUGUCCAUGGUGCUGGUGAUAAAGUUGAUCACAUAUUACAGUAUCCUCUAUUCACAAAUAAUAAUAUAUGAGCUAUAAGUACAUGUUUCUACUAACUUAAAUUGAUUUUUCUUCAGCCAUGCUUGGUGUGACAGUCUUAGAUGGCCAUUGACAUAUAUGUUCUAUUAUUGUGUAGGUACUUUGAUUCACAACAUGUUUGACAAGAUAUAAGGAUAUACUAACAUACUUUGUUAUUAUAAUAUAAAGAGCAUUUUUUAUGUGGUUAUGCGGCUUGGUGUUAGUUGUGCACACCAGGGGGCGCUAUACACAAGGUGGUGUUAUGCAUGCGUUACCUCCCUUUAACAACAGUCUGCUGUAGUGCACGGCCGUGCAGCACGUAUUCUUGCUUCUGCAAAAUACGCAUCAAAAAUAUAACAUCUAGAACGGUUAUUUUUCCUUCCAAAAAAGGGAGUAUUGGAUGUUUUUUUUUUUUUUUGCAAGGCACUGGUUGCUUUUGUGAUGGACUACUGAUGUUUCCUGGCUUCAUUAUGGAACAAAGGAGACGCAUGGAGAUGACACCGCGAUGCUUUGCAAGGUGCGCGGUGCUGAUGGCGCUUUUGUGGAAUGUGUCCUCGGCGCAAAUUCGUUAUUCCAUUUUGGAGGAAGUCAACGAAGGUGCUGUGGUGGGGAACAUCGCAAAAGAUCUCGGGCUGGAUAAAAGCACGUUGAAAGAGAGGAAAUACCGAGUGGUGUCGAGCGCGGAGGAGCCUCUUUUCCAUGUCAAUGUGAACGAUGGCCUCCUCUACGUGAGCCGAAAGCUCGACAGAGAGGACGUGUGCGCGCUAAACAGCGUGUGUUUAAUAAAUCUGAAAACAGUGCUUGAAAACCCCCUGGAGGUCCACUACGUUGGUGUGGAAAUACUGGACGUGAACGACCACUCCCCCGUAUUUCCAGAGAAAGAGAAGACGUUGGAUAUUUCAGAGUCUGUGUUACCAGGAGCGCGUUUUCAACUGAAAGCCGCCCGGGAUCCAGACAGAGGAGAUUUUUCUGUACAGAAGUACAAACUCAGUCAGAAUGAUCACUUUCGUUUGGAGAUAAAAGAUAAAGGAGAGGAUGGCAAAAUACCCAUAUUAGUUGUGCAAAAAGCUUUAGACAGAGAGGCAAAAGCAAGUCAUGCAUUAGUGCUGACUGCACUAGAUGGAGGAAAACCUCCCAAAACGGGUGACAUGAAGAUUUUAGUGAAUGUUUUAGAUGUUAAUGAUAAUGCACCUGUUUUUGCAACUGAUGUUUACUCUGUGAUGCUUGAUGAAAAUGCUCCAUUGGGGACAACUGUUAUAAAAGUGAAUGCUACUGAUUUAGAUGAAGGUGUUAAUGGAGAUUUAGUUUAUUCAUUCACUGAAAGUAUGCAUCAUAAACUAUUGAGCUUAUUUGAUAUACACCCGCAAACAGGUGAUAUUAUUGUGAAAGGAACAAUUGAUUUUGAAGACAGAAACAACUAUGAGAUAGAAAUUCAAGCAUCAGAUAAAGCGAUUGCCCCUUUGACAACAGAAAAAAGUGUCAUCAUUAAGAUAGUUGACAUUAAUGACAAUGCACCUGAGAUUGAAGUGACGUCAUUUUCUAGUUCCAUUCCUGAAGAUUCCAGACCUGGAACUACAGUUGCUUUAAUCAGUGUGAAUGACUUGGACUCUGGUCUCAAUGGCAAAGUGAUUUGUUCCAUAGGUGAGGAUGUUCCUUUUGUUUUGUCACCAUCAUUACAAGACAAAAUGUAUUCUUUAGUGACCAAAUCACCUCUGGACAGGGAGAAAAUGUCAAAAUAUGAUAUUUUAGUUGUUGCAAGAGACGCUGGUCAACCUGCACUCUCAUCUGAAAAGACAAUAAGUGUUUUUAUUUCAGAUGUGAAUGAUAACAGUCCAGAGUUUUCAUCCAGUCCUUAUACUUUCUAUGUUACUGAGGGCAACCAUGCAGGAGCCUCUGUCUUUUCUGUCAAAGCUUCUGAUCGUGAUGAGAACGAGAAUGCUGCUAUUUCAUAUCAUAUUGUCAGGGAUGGAAGAGAAGGAAGUAAACUGUCUUCAUUUCUAAGUAUAAAUACAGAAAAUGGACAAAUAUCAGCACUAAAAAGUUUUGACUUUGAGACGCUGAAAAGUUUCCAGUUCCAAGUAGUGGCCACGGACGGUGGACGUCCUCCACUGAGCAGCAACGUGACAGUGAACGUGUUCAUUCUGGAUCAGAACGACAACGCUCCAGUCAUCCUGUAUCCAGUCAGCUCCAACGGUUCUGCUGAAGGUGUGGAGGAGAUUCCCCGCAAUAUGAAAGCAGGAGACUUGGUGACUAAAGUCAGAGCCUAUGAUGCUGAUAUAGGAUAUAACGGCUGGUUACUGUUUUCACUGCAGCAAGUCACUGACCACAGUCUCUUUACUUUGGACCGCUAUACGGGCCAGAUCAGAACACUUCGCUCAUUCACAGAGACGGACGAGGCUGAGCAUGGACUGCUCAUACUGGUCAAAGACAAUGGCAACGUUUCCCUGUCAGCAACAGCUACUGUGACCGUCAAACUUGUGGAGCCCAAAGAGGCUUUUGCAGCUUCUGAUGUCAAACGUGCAGCAGCAAAAGUGGACGAGGAGGACGACAAUGUGACUUUUUACCUCAUCGUCACUUUGGGCUCGGUCUCGCUGCUUUUUGUCAUCAGCAUCAUUGUGCUGAUCGCCAUGCAGUGCUCCAAAUCCACAGAGUACACUUCCAAAUAUCUCCAAGACGCUAAUUAUGAUGGGACACUGUGUCACAGCAUCCAGUACAGAUCAGGAGACAAACGCUACAUGCUAGUUGGACCCAGAAUGAGUAUAGGUUCUACUAUAGUCCCGGGCAGCCACGCCAACACUCUGGUGCUCCCUGACAGGAGACACACUUCUUCUGGGGAGGUAAGACAGUUUUUGAAUUAA